AGGCGUUCCUGGGCAACACUGACUCUCACAGCCUGAAGUUGAGCUACCUUGAUCCUCCGGUGCACGCCCGCUUCCUUCGACUGCACGUGCUGCGCUGGCACGGCCGGCCCAGUCUGCGCUUCGAACCUCUCGGAUGCCAGGAGUGCAACGAGGUGAUCUCGGUGCCUCCCGUGGCGCGACUGACGGCUUCCAGCUGGCGUCCCUGGCACCCGCAGCAGGGCUCGUGCAGCCCCGACGAGGGGCAGCUAUUCGCCAGGGGCGGUUGGUGCGCGCUCAGGAACAACGGCAACCAGUGGCUUCAGGUGGACCUGGGGCCGGCGACCCGAGUGACCGGUGUGGCCACCAGGGGCCGCGGGGAUGCCCGGCGCAAGCACUGGACCACGGCGUACCUGCUCUCCUACUCCAACGACAGCCUCCGAUGGCAGCACUACAAGGACGACAACCACCUGGAUCCCAAGGCCGGUGUUCGGGGGCAACAUGGACCGCGACACGGAGCGACGCCACUACCUGAACCAGCCGUUCGUGGCGCGCUUCGUUCGCUUCCAGCCCACCUCGUGGAAGAGGAGGAUCGCGCUCAGGGCCGCCGUCAUCGGGUGCCCGCACAGGGGAGACUGCGGUCCUGGAUUCUUGAGGGUUCGUGAGGACUCCGAAUGCACCGAGAACCUGGCGUACCGUCGCGAGACGUGGGUGAACGACCGGCGGUACGCGUUCGCCCAGUGGACCGACGGCCACUCGUCGUUCGCCGUGGACGGCGACGCGAGCUCGUCGCAGCCUCCACGCAGCUGCGCCAUCCUGGACAACUACUUCGUCGACCAGCCCGUCUGGAUGGUCGACCUGGCCAAGAGGCAGCGGGUGCGGGGGCUGGUCGUGCUCACCUGGCAGGCCAAGCACCAGCACGAGCGCAGCAAGCUGUACCACGAGAUGUCCAACCUGGACAAGCUCACGGCCUACGUGGUGGACCGGCCGCGACUGGAGGAGAUCCCCAACGCGUACAAGUGCGCCUCGGUGUCGCGGCUGCACGGGGCCCUGUCUCGCCGACGUCUGCACUUCGAGUGCCCCGACGACAUGGAGGGCCGAUACGUCUACCUCAAGGCCAGCGGCGUGCACAACCGCAAGGGCCGUCUCUACGCGGCCGUCCUGUGCGAGGUCAUGGUCUACUGACCACGCGUCGCCUCGCGACUACUCUACGCAGUUGCCUCGAGUUGCGUGCAGUAUGUUCGAGCUCGCCGCAACGACCUGGUCGACACGGGAGGUCGCACGUCCCGGAGCGCCGCCAUGAGACGCGUUUCCCGAACGGACCUGCAAUAUCAACAACUUCGAGAAUGCUUAAAACCAUGUUGCUGAUUUUGCGAGAGCUUCUGUAACCAAGUGAUCCAAGCUGUGUUCAUUCCCAUUUCGUGACGCUCAAAUAUUACCUUCUACUUUCUUUUCUUCAUCUUUUAUUUUAAUAGCAUUCAGGCAGUUUUUGAAAUGUAACCGUAACCUGUUUAUAGGGUUGUCUUUCCUGCAAUUGUGAACAAUUUUUGCCGCCGUUUCCUUUCAUCUCGUCGUUGUGCUAUUCUUGUUGUGUUAGCUUGUUUUUUGCAGGUCAUUUCACAAACACGCAUAUACAUCUUACGUAUAUUGCAAAGCGCUUUCGAAAUAAGAAUUUCUAGGUACCUUCCCCACGAGGAUAAUUCGAAGGCACUCCAAUGAUUCUGUGUGUUUCGUGUACGAUCCUUGAAGUGGUACGCAGUUAUUAUCGAUUGCUUAGUAAUGGUGUUGAUAACACGUGAAAUGUACAUCGAGGUAUUGGAAUGCUCGCGGAAACGCUGUCUAUGCCGUGAAUUUUACCCUGAAAGCAGCUUUCGUUUGCGCUUAAACUCAAAAAGAAUGAUCGAAUUCCACAUGAAGGCCCACUGCUUUUCAUUAAUGAAAAUUACGACGAUAGACUAAUGAAAGAAAAGAGUGCAAUUUAAGGGCUCGUUUUUUUUAUUAAGUACAGCCUUAAAGAAAGCCAACAGACAAUGGCUACG